UUGUGCUUCCGGGUUGACGUUCCGUUCUGCUGCUGCUGCUGCGGGAGCCGUUGUUGCCGUUGUGAACCUCUGAGACACAAAACAGAGGGAGAAACAGAGAGAAAGGAGACCUGCGGGCGGAAGCGGGGCAGAAUCACGCACGGACGCAAAACACUGAGGAAUGAACUAUGAACAGCGUCGCUUCGCUCACGCCAGGGUGCAAAUAGGCUAUUUCGGGGUAGCGAAUCAGCAGGCGAUUGUGACCAGGGACAUGAUGCUACUUUGCACAUCGAUGGGCUAAAGAGGGAGGACAAGCACGUGCCAACAGCACUGAAGGGAAACUGAACUAUGGGGAACACGGCGACAAAAUUUCGUAAGGCUCUUAUCAAUGGUGACGAGAACUUGGCCUACCAGCUGUAUGAGAGCAAUCCGCAGUUUAAGGAGUCCCUGGACCCCAAUACCUCAUAUGGGGAACCGUAUCAACACAACACCCCGCUGCACUAUGCCUCCAGGCACGCCAUGAGCCGCUUACUCAGAUCGUUUCUGUUCAGCAAAGAUGGCAACCCCAACAAGCGCAACGUUCACAACGAGACUGCGUCGCACCUGCUGUGCAUGGGCCCACAGAUCACGCUGCCAGAGGGGGCGCUGCACCCGCGGAUCGCACGGCCCUUCGAGGACGAGCAGAAGAGGGCCGACUGCCUGCAGAUGAUCCUCCAGUGGACCGGGGCCAAGCUGGACCGGGGGGAGUACGAGAGAGCCGACAUCAACGCCACCGACAAUAAGAAAAACACGUCCUUGCACUACGCCGCCGCCUCAGGAAUGAAGACCUGCGUGGAGCACUUGGUGAGUAGCGACGCAGACCUGUUUGCGGAGAAUGAGAACAAGGAGACACCGUGCGACUGCGCCGAGAAGCAGCACCACAAGGAGCUGGCCCUCAGCCUGGAGUCCCAGAUGGUCUUCUCCAGGGACCCCGAAGCCGACGACAUCGAAGCCGAGUACGCCGCUCUGGACAGAAGAGAGCCAUAUGAGGGCCUGAGGCCUCAAGACCUGCGACGACUGAAGGACAUGUUGAUAGUGGAGACAGCCGACAUGCUCCAGGCGCCUCUGUUCACUGCUGAAGCUCUGCUCCGAGCGCAUGACUGGGACAGGGAAAAGUUGUUAGAGGCAUGGAUGUCCAAUGCCGAGGACUGCUGCCAGCGCUCAGGAGUGCAGAUGCCCAUCCCCCCUCCCAGUGGGUAUAACGCGUGGGACACCCUGCCGUCCCCACGCACUCCCCGGACUACCCGUUCCUCCGUCACGUCUCCUGACGAAAUAAGCCUGUCUCCCGGGGACGAGGACAUGCCUCUGUGUGGUAUUUGCAUGUGCACAAUCUCUGUGUUCGAAGACCCAGUGGACAUGUCUUGUGGACACGAGUUCUGCAGAGCAUGCUGGGAAGGAUUCUUGAACAUGAAGAUUCAGGAAGGAGAAGCCCACAAUAUCUUUUGCCCGGCCUAUGACUGUUUCCAGCUGGUUCCUGUGGACGUCAUAGAGAGUGUGGUCUCGAGGGAGAUGGAUAAACGCUAUCUGCAAUUCGACAUUAAGGCGUUCGUCGAGAACAACCCCGCGAUCCGGUGGUGCCCCACGCCGGGCUGCGAGCGGGCGGUGCGGCUCUCCAGACAAGGCCCGGCUGCCUCCGGCUCGGACUCGCUCAGCUUCCCCCUCCUGCGAGCCCCAGCUGUGGACUGCGGCAAAGGCCACCUCUUCUGCUGGGAGUGCCUGGGAGAAGCUCACGAACCGUGCGAUUGCCAAACGUGGAAGAUGUGGCUCCAGAAGGUCUCGGAGAUGAAACCUGAAGAACUCGUCGGCGUGAGCGAGGCGUACGAAGACGCAGCCAACUGCUUGUGGUUGCUCACCAACUCCAAGCCCUGCGCCAACUGCAAGUCGCCCAUCCAGAAGAACGAGGGCUGCAAUCACAUGCAGUGUGCCAAGUGCAAGUAUGACUUCUGUUGGAUCUGCCUUGAAGAGUGGAAGAAGCACAGCUCUUCCACGGGCGGAUACUACCGCUGCACGCGCUACGAGGUCAUCCAGCAGGUGGAGGAGCAGUCCAAGGAGAUGACCGUGGAGGCUGAGAAGAAGCACAAGACCUUCCAGGAACUUGACCGUUUUAUGCACUACUAUACAAGAUAUAAGAACCAUGAGCACAGUUACCAGCUGGAACAGCGUCUCCUGAAAACAGCCAAAGAAAAGAUGGAACAGCUCAGCAGAGCCUUGAAAGGGCGGGAGGGAGGUCCCCCUGACACCACCUUCAUUGAAGAUGCGGUGCAUGAGCUCCUGAAGACUCGACGCAUCCUCAAGUGUUCUUAUCCUUACGGAUUCUUUCUGGAACCCAAAAGCACAAAGAAAGAAAUCUUCGAACUUAUGCAGACGGACCUGGAGAUGGUGACGGAAGACCUCGCGCAGAAAGUUAACCGGCCUUACCUCCGCACCCCCCGCCACAAAAUCAUCCGGGCAGCUUGCCUCGUUCAGCAGAAGAGGCAGGAGUUCCUGGCAUCGGUGGCCCGGGGGGUGGCCCCCAAUGACUCCCCAGAGGCCCCCCGCCGCAGUUUUGCAGGUGGAACCUGGGACUGGGAAUACUUAGGUUUUGCAUCUCCAGAGAUCCUGAGGAAUCAAUCAGUUCUUGGAGGGAAUGAUCAAAGAGAGAACUGUCAAAAUUCAGGAGGCCAGCAGCAGGAGUACGCUGAGUUCCAGUACAGACGUAGACACAGGCAGAGACGGCGUGGAGACAUGCACAGCCUGCGCAGUAAUACUCCAGACCCUGAUGACCCCAGCGAGAGCGCUUUAGAUGCCCAGCAGGGUGACAGCAGCCGAAGACAUGACACCUCCAUGGUGAGUUCAGCUUCUAUGAGUAUUCUGCAAAGCUCUUCGCUUCAUGACUAUACCCCUGUCAGUCCCUCUGAAAACCAGGACUCGCUUCAGGCCCUGAGCUCUCUGGAUGAGGACGAUCCCAAUAUUCUCUUGGCCAUCCAGCUGUCCUUGCAGGAGUCUGGCCUGGCAGUGGGUGGCGACCCCCAGGGGUUCCUCAGUAACGAGGCCUCCCUGGGGGCGAUUGGCACCUCCCUGCCCUCCAGGCUGGACCCCGGAGCUCACAGUGUGGAGGUGCCCCGCGCCUCCCUCAGCAGCUCUGAGCUGCUGGAGCUGGGAGACAGCCUGAUGAGGCUGGGAAACAUCAGCAGCCCCUACGCUGCAGAGCCCUUCGACAGCCUGCAGCCCCUCGGGGAGACUUCCUGCCGGGUCUUCUCCUCCUCCAGCGACACGGACUCCGCCAGCCACGACCCCUCGCUGAACGCUAACCUCCUGGGCAACAUCAUGGCCUGGUUCCACGACAUGAACCCCCAGAGCAUCGCGCUGGUCCCCUCGGCCUCCCCGGACGCCGGCACAGAGGCCCAGCCACCGAGUGGCAGUGAGGCGGCUGGGCCGCCCCGAACUGGAGACCCGCAGCCGCAGAAUCCAGAGGAGCAGCAGCAGGACCUCCUGCCGGCAGGCAGGGACACGGAGCCCGACAGCCCGAGCCAGCUGGAAGGAGACAUCGUCCCGGAGAGCACAGCCCUGCGGGACUCCACGACGGACAGCGAGGAACAUCCCUGCGGCACGUACCUCCACGACACGGACUCCCCAGAAACAGACUCGAACCCCAACCCUCAGCCAAGCAGCUCUUCUCCAGAGUGGGAAGAGCAGGUUCAUCUGGUCUGAGAACUGGCAGACAUGUAGCUGACCUGUAAAGUAACAACCACUCUGAUUGGCAAACUAGCAACUGUGGCAGCAAUGUUCCUUUGGUAGCACUAAACGAGAGGCUCUAUGUUUUUUUCAUCUCUUUCGGGGGGUGGGGGGGGGAUGCUGAAUCCCGGAAACCCUUGUGCGGCGCUAAUGAAAGUAAAUGGCGGGCAAAGGUGGGAAGGAAUCUCACUUUUAUUUCGGUGAGACAAGAUCCUGCUCCAUCCCAUCGAAAUUUCAGGCAAACGCCAUCCGAUCAGGUGCAGCCGGUACAAAUGCAUCUGUAGAAAAAAUGUCUUAAACGGGAUUGUGAUGAUAAUAAUUCAAAUUCGCAGAUUUUUGAGAUAGUUGCUUGUUACUCAAAUUUGCGAUAGUUUAGAAUAUGCAUAAACAUAUUUGAAGUGCUUUUUCGACAUAUACUCCAUUGCAACACUCCUCCUCAGUCUGUUUUUCUUUGAAACAAGUGCUGUUGAGUGUGACAAUAUGCUGAGACAGCAGGAAUGGAAAUGGAACCAACAACACUGCUUCUUCGUGGCAGUGAUGUCCAAAGUACAAUCAGGGAGCUCUAGUCUCAUUUCCAUAAGUACAGUAUGUUCUACCUAAUUCUGUGCCAACAGGUGCCAAACUGUAAUCAGUUAGAGAAUACUAGGUUAAUCACAUGCAAAUCAUGCCUGCAUUGCUGAGAACCAGAGUAAUUUUCAUUAACCCAUUCUUAAAUGUAUGAAUAGCUACCAACAAUUCAAAAUGUGUUAAAAAAUGCAAGCUGGUUUCUCAGCUUUUUUUUUUGUAGAACUAAACAAUCGAAGCUGCUAGUGAAAUUAAAGUAGGAAUGGGCGCGACAGGUGCACUAGUAAAUAAGACACUUUAUUAGAAGUGCAAUCAGUUCCUUUUUUUCCAUAAUUUAAGCACUGUAAAAUGCCAAUGUAAUUAGAAGUCAAAAAGCUCAAGCAGAAAUUUGAACAUGCAGCUCAGGCAGGCUGCAUCAGUACCUUCAAACGGUUCUUCUACGCAAUCCGUCGCUGUGCCUUUGUGUGAUCUUGUUUAAUUUAUUGCCACACUUCAUAAAAACGUUGUUGAGCACGCAUACAGAAAAUCAGCUCCUGCUGUCAUCUUUUCAGUGGUACAGUCAAUAAAAUAUCAGUGUCCAUGAUACACCAGUUUUAAAUAUUUUUAUAUACAUUCUAGGAUUCUCUUUAGCUCAUUCGAUAUUUUCAGUUUUUUAUUGCAUUGAAAAUAGCGCGAGUUUUUCCAUAACUCUUUCUGUAUAAUAUUGCCAAAUGCAUUGUGGGUCACUGUCGGUUAACUCUAUAACAUUUCAUUUGAAAACUUUUUUUUUCCAUUUGUUGUUUCUCUUUUGAUUAUUAUUUUUUUUACUUCAGUUAAGGCAUGCAGUCUAAGGUUUGUUUGUUUGGCGAAACGUACUAAACAGUGAAGUUUACUGCGGAAGAGUAGUAGACACGAUUGUGUCUCUGAGAUUAGUUUCAAGUGCUUAAAGAACACUACAAUACAGAACAGGAUUUAAGAGCUGGCUUGCUGGGAUUUCUUUAAAAUUGAAUCUCCCUGAUGAUUUCGUUGAAAAUAAUAAUGUUAGAGAUUUUUUACAGCAAAAUCAGAGUCCAAACAGAGUAUUUCUCAAGUUGUCACCUUUCUCAAUUGGGCUUUCCCAAAAUUGGUGUGUGGCUGUACCGAACUAAUUUGUAACCUGAUCAAUAGAGCGGUUACAAAAAAAAGAUUUGUAUUGCAUUGAAAUUUGUCUUGCAAAAGUGAAGCUGUGUAAGAGUUCUGUAUAUGGAAUUAGUGAACUUCGUGGGACUUUUGUAAAGCUUUGUUUGAGUUGUGGAGUUUAACCAUUGUCUACUUCUGUGUAACAGUGUGCUGUGCAUGAAAAAAGAUCAUUAAAUUCAAUUUGUAUUUUCUUGGUACUGAAUUUUAAAAUUUGUCAUGGCAAAUGACUUUAAAAAUUGGCAAACCUAUUUUGUAAACCAGGUGAAAUUUUAUAUUGUAAAAAGCAACUUAACCUUGAAAUGCUAUUUGCACUUUCAUAGCCUAUACUUGAUACAUUCCCAAUUUAUAUGGAGUAAGUAAUGUUUGAUGUCUGGCCAAUUAAUGAAAGUAUCAGUAAAGUUUUACUCUUAAUAAAGAUUGUGUAAAACUUG